CUUCCUGGUUACACUCGAGGGUUACAUUUAUUGUCAACAGACUGUUAAAUUUGAACACACGAUCUGCAUUAUUUGUUGUGACACAUUUUGGUUCACAAACUGAGUCUCAAUUUACAAAUUUAAAAUGGCAACAUCCUUACCGAUAUGCGAUAUUUGUACGACAGAUGAUACCUCAAAAGCUGCCUCUGUUUGGUGUUCAGAAUGUGAAGAAGCCAUAUGUAUUAAUUGUGAGAAACAACAUAACCGGAUGAAAUUAACAAAGAGCCAUAAAACUAUAUCAAUAGAGGAUUACCAGAACCUUCCUGCUUCUGUUGCUGACAUUAAACAGGAAUGUAAAGUCCACAAUAGAAAAUUAGACUUUUACUGCUUAAGACACAGCGAGCCAUGUUGCGUGUCAUGCGUGUCCCAAAAACAUGACACUUGUAAACAAUUGAAGCCAUUGACGGAUUUAGUGGAUGAUGUGAAAUCGUCAGCUGCAUUUGAGUAUCUAGAAGAUAGAGCAAAGGAUAUCAGUGAUGUUAUCGGGAAUUUGAUAAAAGAUAAACAAGAUAAUAAAGCAAAUAUUGAGUUACAGAAAAACAAAAUUGUAUUCGAAGUGCAAAAUGUCAAAAAGGCAAUACUUGAUCAUUUAGAUAAACUUCAAACGGAUCUUUUGUAUCAACUAGACAGCGAAGAGAAAAGACAAUGCAAACUUAUUGGUAGUUUUAUUGAAAAGAUAUCAGAAAUACGCAGAAAUGUCGAUCAAAUAGUAGAUGAUUUGAAACAGAUCAAACAACACGCAUCAGAUUUCCAAGCUUUCCUUGGUAUACAUGAGUGGAAUCAAAAAAUUGAAAAAGAAGAAAAAGAUUGGAUGUCUUUUAAAAGCAACCACAUACUGGAUAGUGUUGACAUUCGCAUAGAAUAUUCGCCGAUAAUUGUGAAGUUCGAAAAAGACGUCAAAGAAAUAGGGAGGUUAGAAGUGAAGUCUUUUACCGGAAAGAAAAUUCUUCUUAAGAAGGAGAAACAGGGACAGAUACUAGUUUCCGUUUCUAAAACUGUAGAUAACAUAAAAUUGACAAAUAUUUGCUCUUUCCAUACACCAGAAGGGCAAUAUAGGAAUAUGCUGAUAACAGGUGUUGAUAUUUUUGACGACGGAAGAAUUGUGUUGGUCGAUAACCAUGAAUUUAACCAUCGACUUGUUAUUACGAAUAAAGGAGGCAAGUUUAUAAAAAACAUACAUCUUGACGAUAGGUGUUUUGGUGUUGCAGUGAUAGAGAAAGACACAGUUGCUUCAACAUUAGUUGAAAAGAAGAAAAUUGUUAUCGUAGAUAUUGAAUCGUCUAAAUUACUGAGGUCUAUACCUACAAAUUACCGAUGCUUCGAUAUAACUUUUACAGGUGAACAGUUAGUCGUCAGCCUUGAACAACAGACAAUUCAAUUCUUUGAUUUUUCUGGCAAAGCUUUGUCAAGUGUGUCCAUAGCCAAUUCCUCCGAUUAUUGUUCCGUGUUUAACGACCAACUUUACUAUACCAGCACAAGUGGGAAUAGAGUCUACUCGACUGAUUUGAAUGGAGAAGUUCGUUGGACAUUUGACCUACAGAAAUCAGAUCAUCCAUCUAGUAUAACCCACGAUACAUCUGGAAAUAUUUUCGUAGCUUGUUGGAACAGUAAUCAAUUGGAGGUUGUUGAACUCGAUGGGAAGAAAUCUAAAAUUCUCUUGACAAAGGAAGAUGGUCUGCUUAAACCUACAGCAAUACAAUUUAACCGCAAAUCCAAUACCCUCAUUGUGUGUAAUAUAUCUGGACAAUGCUUCCUAUACAAAGUUACAAACUGAAUUAUUUCUGUUAAUACCGCUGAUAAGAGCGUUUGCAGUGGGAAAUCUAGUGACAAAAAUGUUACCUCCACUGUAAACACUGAAAACUAAAUCUUGUCGAGACUAUGGUUGUCCCUUUUUAUCAAGUACGUUAUAAAUUAUAAAUUCACGGGAAAAGUUCUUGCAAUAUAAAAUAGAAAUAAGUUAAAAAAAAAAAAUCCCUUUGAUAUUCAAUCUAAUUGAAAUGUUGAUCUCUGAUUACGUUAUACUGCAUAUGAGAUCUAACAACUAUUAAUAUGUAGUUUCACUUCUGAGGAUUUCACACGUGACUUUUUAAACCAAUUAGAAUCAAUCUUAACAAAUCUUUGCAGUCCAUUCGAUACCUAAAUGUGUAUAAUAUGGCUUAUCCAUAUCAUGAGGAUAUGUCCAGAGAACAUCGAAAGAUAAAGCCCCACAGUUUGUUACUCGCUUCAAAAACAAAGUCGAUAAAUAAAGCAGUUUUGUAGACAUUGACAUCGAAUUAGCAUUACAAAAUAACAUUCAAUUGAGAUGUUUCUCUAAGUGGGAAGCUUAAACAGACAUGAUUGAAUAAUCUUAAUUUGUUCCGCUCUGCCCCCCCUUUUUUUUCUCGAUAAAACGAACCCGUGGCCAACUUUCAAUCGCAGGGUUUUGUUACAAUUUACCGAGUUUUCGAACCCCGAAAAAAAAACAUGGUUCCAUACAACAAAUGAAAGGCAGGCAUUGAGUUUGGAGGAAAUUAUUCCAAGGGGGUGGUGUUUUUUCUCUCCAAUUUCUUUAAGGGGUUUAUAUUUGUUUUUUUUCAAGAACUAUGACAACAUUUGCUUGAAUCCAAAAUCAGGCAGUAUCAACUGUUCAGGGUUUGCUCAGUGUGGCAUUUAUUAUAGUAUAGAAUUAAGAUGAGCAGUUCAAUUGAUGCAUAUGUUUUGUGGUGGAGAUUGGAGUUUCUUAAGGGCAAAUUAUUGUUGCAGGAAAAAUGGGACACCAAUAUCACAGACUAGGGUGAAGAUUAAGACACCAUAAAGCACAAAGACUUUAGGCGUGGUGAUAAGUGUGGGCCAUUUUCUGCAUUAACCGAGUUGUCCAAUUUUAAGAUACCCUAUUAUAUUAAUC